UGAGUGUGAGUGUGUGUGAAGGGUUAGGGAAGACGUGAGUCCACCAUGACGGAACGCUGCAGUCUGUGGAGCGCCUUGUCGGCUGCAGCGUGCUGCUUCUACCGGGGAUCCUUCAUGCAGGUGCAGUUCUCCAAGGAGAAGUACCUGCUGGAGUCUCCUCCUGAGAAGCUGCUCAAGGAGCUGGAAGAGGAGCUGAAGCUCAGCCCCACCGACAUCAGGAGCCACGGCUGGUACCAUGGACACAUACCCAGGGAGGUGUCAGAGACUCUGGUCGUGCGCCACGGAGACUUCCUGGUACGAGACUCCCUGGUCAACAUGAGCGACUACGUGCUGACCUGUCGCUGGGACCACGAGGCGCUGCACCUGAAGAUCAGCAAAGUCCUGCUGAAGUCCAGCGACACCAAGGUCCAGUAUGUGAUGGAGGGGGAGAACUUCGACUCGGUCCAGGACCUGGUGCGUUUUUACGUGAGUCAGCGUAAAGCCGUGUCCCAGUCCAGCGGCGUCCACAUCUACUGUCCAGUCAGCAGGACUGUGCCACUGCGCUACCUGGAGGCCACCUUCGCCCUCGCCAGCGCCAAGCAAGGCUCCGCCUACUCGCCCUCCGGCCACAGGGGGGCGUACAUCAAGAGGCGCAGCGUCACCAUGACCGACGGCCUCACUGCAGACAAGAUGCUACCUCACAGUGACUCUGACAGUCCAGUUGGGACACCACCAGGACCACAGCCGGAACCUGUGCCCACCUGCAGUCCUUCCACGGUGCACCGUCACAAAGACGCAAUGAGGAACUGCGCCAUGAGCAUGGACCACAUCCAGGAGUACCGCCGCCCCCUGUCGCCCGUGGGAGAGACCCCGCUGUCGCCGGCGUACUGCGCAAUCAUCAGACAGCGAGCCCACUCGGGGGGGCGUGUCCUGGCCGUGGUGCCGCCCUCCCCCGUCACGCGGCGUUCCAGCGACCCUCAGCUCAGCCCGUCCUCCGGCGGCCACCCCCCCGACCAUCCCGCCUUCCACUCCGCCCACUCCUCGCCCGCGCAUGGUCCCGCUCUCCAAGCGCGGCCCUCGGGCAGCUACUGUGACCUCAGACCCUGUGCGGGCGGCCCCCCCAAGCCUCCCACCAACACCUACGUGGAGCGAUUGCGGGUGGAGGAGGGGAGGAGCGAGGGCAGCAGGCAGGAAGGAGACGCCAUGUGCAGCGCUCCGCUGGUGGAGACCGCAUCCUUCUUCAGGCCAGCCAGGUAUGAGUGUUGCAUCAUGCCCGCUGACAACAAACCUCUGGAGAUGUCCGUGCUGAAGAAGGUGAAGGAGCUGCUGGCUGAGGUGGACGCUAGCACUGCUGCUAAACACAUCACCUUGGUGGACUGCACGGUUGGCAGAAUAGUGGGCGUGUCCUCAGAGAUGCAAAGGAUGAUGGGAGUUUCCUCGGGCUUGGAGUUACUGACGCUACCUCACGGACACCAGCUGAGACUGGACCUGCUGGAGAGGUUCUACACCAUGUCCAUGACGAUGGCGGUGGAGCUGCUGGGCUGCACGGGCAGCACGGAGGAGAGGGCGGCGCUGCUCCACAAGACCAUCCAGGUGGCGGCGGAGCUGAAGAGCAACCUGGGAAACAUGUUUGGCUUCGCUGCCGUCAUGAGAGCCUUGGAUCUGCCGCAGAUCUCCCGCCUGGAGCAGACGUGGGUCACGCUGCGGCAGAGACACACAGAGGCCGCCAUCUUGUACCAGAAGAAACUCAAACCUUUCCUCAAGAACCUGAACGACGGCAAAGAGUCCAGCGUCCUGGCCAGCACCACCUUCCCGCACGUCAUACCCGUCCUGGCGCUGCUGGAGCGAGGCCUGGCCCUGGGCGAGGUGCCGGAGCCCUGGGAGAGCGGUGAGGUGGGCGUGGACGUGGUCAUGCACCACCUGGAGGCCGCACGCAGCGUGGCGCACCACAGGGGGGUGUACAGGAGCAACGCCCAGAGCAAACUGCAGGACUUGCAGGUGCAGUCGGAGAUAGCAGCCAUCUUCCACACUGAGUUCCAGAUGCGUCUGCUGUGGGGCAGUGGAGGGUCAGAGGUCAGCCAGCAGGAACGUUACCACAAGUUCCAGCAGGUUCUCACCGCACUCUCACACAAGCUGGAACCUCCGCCGCGACACAGCCAGCUAUAGCCACCCUCACGGAGGUCAAGGAGGACAGAGGUCAAGGAGGACAGAGGUCAAAGAGGACAGAGGUCAAAGAGGACAGAGGUCAAGGAGGACAGAGGUCAAAGAGGACAGAGGUCAAAGAGGACAGAGGUCAAAGAGGACAGAGGUCAAGGAGGACAGAGGUCAAAGAGGACAGAGGUCAAGGAGGACAGAGGUCAAGGAGGACAGAGGUCAAAGAGGACAUCAGACAGGCAGCUACAACGGGACGGAGGUGAUGCCAGACUCACUGCACUCACUAAGGCCACGCCCCAAAGUGUGGCCCCCCCCCUAAACCCGCGUCCACACACGCACUUCCUGCUGUGGUAGAACCACUUCCUGUCACCACUUUGGGCCUGAUCUACUAAAACAGCUGCUAGCUUAAUAGCGCGCUAAUCUGUUUGUGUCGGUGAUGACAUGUUGUCCUUUCACCAAUAUCCUUUCAUCAUAGUUGAGGCGGUUGGUAGAGUGGCCGUGCCAGCAACUUGAGGGUUCCAGGUUCGAUCCCCGCUUCCGCCACCCUAGUCACUGCCGUUGUGUCCUUGGGCAAGACACUUUACUCCCAGUGCCACCCACACUGCUUUAAAUGGAACUUACACGUUGCCUUUCACUAUGUAAAGCGCUUUGAGUCACUAGAGAAAAGCGCUAUAUAAAUAUAAUUCACUUCAUUGUUCAGCUGCUGCAUGGAACCAUUCAAACUAAUGCCUUUUUGUCAGGCCUGUCAGAAAUUACUCAUCUGAUUAAUCACCUAACUCAUGUGAUUAAUCACCUAACUCAUGUGAUUAAUCACCUAACUCAUCUGAUUGAUCACCUAACUCAUGUGAUUAAUCACUUAACUCAUCUGAUUAAUCACCUAACUCAUGUGAUUAAUCACCUAACUCAUGUGAUUAAUUACCUAACUCAUGUGAUUAAUCACUUAACUCAGGUGAUUAAUCACCUAACUCAUGUGAUUAAUCACCUAACUCAUGUGAUUAAUCACUUAACUCAUAUGA